CCACGCAGGACUUCUCUAUAAGUGAGCCUCACACCAGGACGAGAUGUCAGCGUGGCUGUGAUGGAUACUGCAGCAUAGAUCACUUCGGGCACGUCUAUAAGAGCUCCCAGGCUCGAGUAGCAUAUCAAUUGUCCGAGCCCAGCAGACCGACGACUGCCCUCUGCAAAUGACGGAGGCCUUCAUUCGCCUCUUGACCACGUUGGUCUCACUGAUUUCAGUCGCGGUCUUGACCACAGUCUUGAAGCAACUCCUAGACCGAAACCGUCACAGACCACCGGUAGUCUGGCACUGGCUUCCAUGGCUUGGUAGUACAGUUGACUACGGCAAAGACCCGUACAAUUUCUUCUUCAAGUGCCGAGAAAAGGUCGCCAUGUACGCUUUAAGUGAUGGAAAUAUGUACUGACACUCGCGGCAGUAUGGCGACUGUUUCACCUUUGGGCUUCUUGGAAUGAGAGUCACCGUUUUCUUGGGAGCCAAAGGCAACAACUUCAUUCUCAAUGGCAAACUCAAAGACCUCAAUGCUGAGGUUCGUACUGUCAGGAGUUACAAGUUGACAUGGCCAAGGUUUCUGACUCCCAUCAGGAAGUCUAUGGUCCCUUGACUGUACCUGUAUUUGGCCGUGGCGUUGUCUACGACGUAGAUAAUGCUCGAUUCAUGGAUCAGAAGAGACUUCUGAAAGAAGGCUUCUCAAGUGGGAAUCUACGCGCAUAUGUCCCUGAAUUUGUCAACGAGGUCAACAAUUUCAUCAAGACCAAUGCCGUCUUUAACAGCAAGCAAGGGGGCGUUUGUGAUAUUUCUUCGGUAUUCUCAGAGAUAUCCCUCUACACUGCUGCUGGCUCCCUGCAAGGCAAAGAAGUCAGAGACUCUUUCGAUGCACAGUUUGCGACGUACUAUCGGCAUUUGGACGACGGUUUCGCACCGAUCAAUUUCAUGCUUCCGUGGCUGCCGAUCCCUAUCAAUCGGCGACGAGAUCAUGCCCAGAAAGUCAUGGCCGGGCUAUACAUGGACAUCAUCAAGAAACGAAGAUUAGAAGGCAACAAAACCGGCAGCCAUGAUAUGCUUUGGGCGCUGCUGGGCGCUCGGUACAAGGACGGCACCUUGAUCUCGGACGAAGAGAUGGCAAAUCUCAUGAUAGCCCUCUUGAUGGGGGGACAACACAAUACCGCGGCUUCAGGGACCUGGGUCAUGUUGCAUCUGGCACAUCGCCCCCAUCUGAUCGAAGGGCUCUAUCAAGAGCAACGUGUCGUAUUGGGCGAUGGAGGAGAACUGACCUACGAUACAUUGCAACAGCUCACCCUUCACAACAACGUCAUCAAAGAAACGCUCCGCCUACACAGUCCCAUCCACUCGAUCAUGCGAAAGGUACAGCAGCCAAUGCAGAUUCCGGACACAGACGUUGUCGUUCCGGCAGGUCAUAUCCUCCUUGCUGCACCAGGAGUUCCCUCACGAUGCGACGAAUUCUUCCCCAACGCCAUGGACUGGAAUCCGCAUCGAUGGGACAGGCCUGCGGGAGGCGAUCAACAAGACGAUCAAGACUCGAAUGACACGGUUGAUUACGGCUACGGCGCCGUCUCUUCCAAAGCCGCACAUAGCCCUUACCUCCCGUUCGGUGCCGGUCGACAUCGUUGCGUGGGGGAAACCUUUGCAUACGCCCAGUUAGGGGCCAUCCUUGCGACGCUGGUGCGAUUGUUGCAGUGGGAACAAGUUGACCCGAAAGCACCUGUCCCAGAGACCGACUACUCUUCCAUGUUCUCGCGACCUAUGCAUCCUGCCACAAUACGCUGGCGACUUCGUCGAUAAUCUCGACCAGUUUUUCCUCGCCGCGAGUCAUUCUGAUUAUAUAUUGGAAAAUGGCCCAACGUUGUAGUGUUGGCCGGAACUAGUGAAGAUAAAACAUGGAUGAUGGUUGAUAGAUGGUUACCUGUUUAACUGAAAUCUGAU